GCCACCGCCGCCCACCCCACCCCCGCCGGCCUUGGACGGUCUGGAUGGCCCCUGAGCCGGGGUGGAAUCAGCUCUGCUUUAGAGCCCUGCAAAAGUUCGAAGGAAACCUUGCAGAAACCUCAACCAUCUGGAACUCAGAAACUCAUUUGGGGCUAACUGUGGCUUCUAGAACGUCCAGGUGUUGUGCAGAUGUGAAAAUUCAUUCUGCAGUCACCAGAUGAGGCCCUAAGCAGAUGCAAGGCUUGUGCUGUGGCCCUAGUGUCCCUAAAUGCAGAUGGCUACUUUCUUGCUAAGUGGCCAAAGAGUGCUUAUUGACAUUGAUGGCUGAAUGCUACACCAAGCCAGUCAUCUUAUUAAGCUGUGACAAGAAGACAUCUUCAGGGACCAAGCCAACUUAGGGGGGAUACAUUUGCUGACUCUCUUGGAUUAGGAUCCCAGACGGGGACCUUGUUUCCAGAGCUCCUACCAUCCCUGAUGUACUGACAUCAGUGUCAUCUUGCCAACGGGACCCUUGCUCCUUGGUGACUUUCUGCACUGAAGUGAACAAAGAGAAAACUCUUAGAGAAAUUCAUGGUGGUGGCUGGUUAUUACUCAGAGUCUUCAUGUACCACCAUGGGCUGGCUUUUUCUAAAGGUUUUGUUGGUUGGCAUGACCUUCUCUGGACUUCUGUGCCCUCUCAUGGAUUUCUCUAUCAAUGGGAAAACAGGAGCCCCCAAACCAAACAUUGUGAUCAUUUUGGCUGAUGAUAUGGGAUGGGGUGAUCUGGGAGCAAACUGCGGAGAAACAAAGGACACCACUAAUCUUGACAAGAUGGCUUCUGAAGGAAUGAGGUUUGCAGACUUCCACGCAGCUGCUUCCACCUGCUCCCCGUCCCGCGCUUCCCUGCUUACUGGCCGGCUGGGUCUACGGAACGGAGUCACGCACAACUUUGCUGUCACCUCUGUCGGGGGGCUUCCUCUCAACGAGACCACCUUGGCUGAGGUGCUCCGACAGGCUGGUUAUGUCACUGCCAUGAUAGGCAAAUGGCAUCUUGGGCACCAUGGCUCUUAUCAUCCCAAUUUCCGUGGCUUUGAUUACUUCUUUGGGAUCCCAUAUAGCCACGAUAUGGGCUGCACGGACACUCCCGGCUACAACUACCCUCCUUGUCCAGCGUGCCCCCAGAGUGACGGCCAGUGGAGGAACCCCGGGAGGGACUGUUACACAGACGUGGCCCUUCCUCUCUAUGAGAACCUCAACAUCGUGGAGCAGCCUGUGAACCUGAGCAGCCUUGCGCAGAAGUAUGCAGAAAAGGCGGUGGAGUUUAUUGGUCAGGCCAGCACCAGCGGAAGACCCUUCCUGCUCUAUGUGGGCCUGGCCCACAUGCAUGUGCCUUUAUCUGUGACUCCACCAUUGGAAAAGCCACGGAACCAAAGUCUGUAUCAUGCAAGUCUCCGGGAGAUGGACAGUCUGGUAGGGCAGAUCAAGGACAAAGUUGACCACAUGGCGAAAGAAAACACACUCCUCUGGUUUACAGGAGACAACGGCCCAUGGGCUCAGAAGUGUGAGCUGGCAGGCAGCAUGGGUCCCUUCUAUGGACUGUGGCAAGCCCGUCAAGGAGGAAGCUCAGCCAAGCAGACCACUUGGGAAGGUGGCCAUCGUGUCCCAGCACUGGCUUACUGGCCCGGCAGAGUUCCAGCCAAUGUCACUAGCACUGCCUUGUUAAGCGUAUUAGACAUCUUUCCCACAGCGAUAGCCCUGGCAGGGGCCAGCCUGCCCCCGAAUCGGAACUUCGAUGGACUGGAUGCCUCCGAGGUGCUCUUUGGCAGGUCACAGACAGGGCAUAGGGUACUGUUCCAUCCCAACAGUGGGGCUGCCGGGGAGUAUGGAGCUCUGCAGACUGUCCGCCUGGACCAUCACAAGGCCUUCUACAUCACUGGUGGAGCCAAAGCUUGUGAUGGGAGCACGGGUCCUGAACAGCACCACGCUUUCCCUCUCAUUUUCAACCUAGAGGACGAUGCUGCUGAAGCUGUGCCUCUGCAGAGAGGAAGCCCCGAGUACCGGGCGGUGCUGCCGGAGGUCACCCAGCUUCUUGCAGAGGUCCUGGGAGACAUUGCUGCCGACAACAGCUCCCGAGCAGACUACGCUCAGGAUCCUUCGGCAACUCCCUGCUGUGACCUCUACAAAAUUGCCUGCCGUUGCCAAACAGCGUGACAGGUCAUUUUUAUUUUCCCCACGAGACAGGCUACCUGGGAAUUAGGGGCAGGUGGGUUCACUUCCAAACUUCAGUUUGGCCAUGGACAUCCACUUUUUAAAAGAAGGGAAGUUGCAGAAUUUGGUUUUCUCUAAGCAGAUUGCCUCCUCUGCAUGUGGUCAAGAAGCAUUGCUCACGGGUACCUUGCUAUGGAGCUUUGGCAAUGACUUAAAUCUCAAUUACGAGUUGAUUUUGAAGGCUAAAGCAACACACGAAGCUGCCCUCGCAUCCCCGACACCAAGCAGAUCCUUAAUAUUUUAGUUUCUGUCUCAUGGCCUCAGUUUCCUUGGCCAUUCUAGCACAAACUCAUUCUGGCUGGCUGGUAGGCAGAGCUUGGCCAGCUUCAGAAUGCAUAUAAAUCACCAGGGGUCUUAUAGCAUGCAGGAUCUCGCUCUGAAGAGCUGGAGGGGAGUUUGGGAGCCUGGUUCCUUUGCGAUGCCUUGAGAGGCAUAGAGUGACCCCAAGUUAGGCCUUCCCAGGGCUUGGACUAGAUCCCACAGUCCUUGUCAAAUGGGUGUAUUCUAAAGAUUGAAGAAUUUGGGGCUGAAGUGAUGGUCCAUCAGUUAAGAGCACUGAACCUGGGUUCAGUUCCCAACACCAACAUGGUAUCUAAAGCCGUCUGUAACUCCGGUUCUAGGGGACCUGAAUCUCCCUUCUGGCCUCUGAGGAUGCCAGGCACGCACGUGAGGCACAUACAUGCAGGUAAAAUACUCAUUGAUUUUUUUAAAAAAAAAAUCUUUAAAAAAAGAUUUAUGUUGUGCCCUUUUAAAUCUAUUUUUUGGGGUUUCUUAUGUCUCUACCUCCCUUCUCCACCCCUUAUCCCUGCUAAUAGUGUCCAACACCCCAACACUGGGUAGGAGAGAAAGAAGGUUAGUGGAGAGAGGGGGUGGAGUUCUCUUUGGCUACUUCCGGCUGGUCAGGGUCGUCGGGCUCUGGGGGCAGUAUUAACCCCAGCCGUCAGGAUAUCUCGUGGUCCAGCAAACCAGCACCAGUAGACACAGCAGAAGGAUGAACCAGCAACAGCACAGGAGCAGCUGCCUUCUUUCUCGGACUUUUUCCUCGAAGCGUCCUUAUUUAUUUAUUUAUUUAUUUUUAAACAUAACAUAACUGAGUUUUUAAAGAAACCAAAACUUCCACUACAGAUUUAGGAU